CGGAAAUCUUCAACUGCAUAUUGAAGUAGGGGAACUUCCAAAGAAACAAUAUCAAAGUAUAUGAAAAAUAAAAAUGCUUGCUUUUCCCAUCAUUCUUGAUCUAAUAUAAACAGAUACCAACUUUGCGUUCAAUUUCGCUUUUCUUCAUUCUUCGCAUCUCUUAUUCAGAUAAAAACCAACCAAUUCACAUGCAAAUCAAACUCUUGACUCUCACUUCCGCUGCUUGCUUGAUCGCUUUCGCGUCUGCCUCACCUGUUGUCAGCUCAGACAGUCUCAGUGCUUCUGUUGUGAAUGGUGUUGAAGCCGCCGGUUUCAACGAUAUUCGCCUUGCUCGUCGCCAACCUCCUCCUCUUCCUUCUCCUAUUAGUCCUCCCGGAUUUAGUCCGGAUUAUGGUACGUCUUCUCCUACUACUACUCCUCCCGGAUCUAGUCCGGAUUCUGCUACGUCUCCUCCUACUACUACUCCUCCCGGAUCUAGUCCGGAUUCUGCUACGUCUCCUCCUUCUCCCUCACCUCCUCCCGGUGCUCCUGACUGUAGCAAAAUUGAUCAAGACGUUCUCAAAGCAGUUAGUAAUAAGCCGGUGCAAGACUUUUUGAAGGACCUUGUGAAGGACUUGGACGCUAAUAAUAUGCAAUUAAGUGAUCCAGAUGUUCAAAAGGCUUUGAAGGAUGCAGUCCAAAAGUGGGACCCGAGUUUUUAUACCGGCAAUGUUUAUGUAGUUUAGUUUAUUCUAACUACGAUCUAUCAUCUUCUAAUUCAUUUCAAUUAAUUUAAAGCAUCUUUU